GCGACCAAAACUUUCACUGAAGUCGGUGGCGCCGAACCCACAGCGGAGAGUGGGAAUCGGGGUGGACCGGCGCGUGUGCCGCCGCUUCCUCCGGACGCGGACAGGGUUUGGGAAGGGAAUAGCGAGAGCUGCUGGCAGCGUGGUCUGAUGCAACUCUCUCUCUGAGCGGAUCCACCUUGACAGCGCGCCUGGAGAGCCCGCGCGAGGCACAAGCAGCAUGGCGAGGCUUGCUGCCGCCUUGGUCUAAUUUGUCCUGCCAUAUGAUUUGAGGUCUCUGCUUAUCCUGGAAGUGUAGCCAGCAAGACGGGAUAGCAGGCAAGUGGGUGCCCACAUCUUGGCCCAGAACCAUGGCAGAAAAAUGCAGUGAGGGGUUACUGAAUGGGGCUGUGCCUGGUGAAACAGGUAAGCGAGAUGAGAACAUCAAACGAGGCAACUGGGGCAACCAGAUUGAGUUUGUUCUCACAAGUGUUGGCUAUGCUGUUGGGCUUGGCAACGUGUGGCGCUUCCCUUACCUCUGCUACCGCAAUGGAGGAGGUGCUUUCAUGUUCCCCUAUUUCAUCAUGUUGGUGUUCUGUGGGAUCCCCCUGUUCUUCAUGGAACUCUCUUUUGGACAAUUUGCCAGCCAGGGCUGCCUGGGCGUCUGGAAGGUUAGCCCCAUGUUCAAAGGUGUUGGCUAUGGUAUGAUGGUUGUGUCCAGCUACAUUGGAAUCUAUUACAAUGUUGUGAUCUCUAUCGCCUUCUAUUAUUUCUUCUCAUCAAUGACACGGGUGCUACCCUGGACAUACUGUCACAACUUUUGGAAUACAGGGAAUUGCACCAGUGUGUUGGAUGUUGCCAACAGCUCAGCGGGUUCAUCGCUCAACUUCACACAGAUCUUCAAUCAGACACUGAAGCGCACUAGCCCCAGUGAGGAAUACUGGAGGCGGUAUGUAUUGAAGCUGUCUGAUGACAUUGGGAAUCUGGGUGAGGUGCGACUUCCCCUGCUGGGUUGUUUAGGUGUCUCUUGGAUUGUUGUCUUCCUCUGCCUCAUCAAGAGUGUGAAGUCCUCAGGAAAAGUGGUGUAUUUCACAGCAACAUUCCCAUAUGUGGUGCUGACAAUCUUAUUUGUGCGGGGAAUCACUCUUGAAGGUUCAGUUACUGGCAUCAUGUACUAUCUGACACCACAGUGGGACAAAAUCCUUGAUGCAAAGGUAUGGGGAGAUGCUGCCUCCCAGAUCUUCUAUUCAUUGGGCUGUGCCUGGGGUGGGCUUAUCACCAUGGCAUCAUAUAACAAGUUUCACAACAACUGCUACAGGGACAGCAUCAUCAUCAGCAUCACCAACUGUGCUACUAGCGUCUACGCAGGUUUCGUCAUCUUCUCUAUCCUCGGCUUCAUGGCUCAUCACCUGGGAGUGGAUGUUUCCAAGGUGGCCGACCACGGCCCUGGCUUGGCCUUUGUGGCCUAUCCUGAGGCACUGACACUCCUCCCCAUUUCCCCUCUUUGGUCUGUUCUCUUCUUUUUCAUGCUCAUCCUGCUGGGGCUGGGUACACAGUUCUGUCUCCUGGAGACUCUUGUCACAGCCAUUGUGGAUGAAGUGGGAAAUGAAUGGAUAUUCCGUCGGAAGACUUUUGUGACUCUAGGUGUGGCUGUGGUGGGCUUUCUGCUAGGUAUCCCACUCACCACACAGGCUGGUAUUUAUUGGUUAUCGUUGAUGGACAAUUACGCAGCAAGUUUCUCACUUGUGGUUAUUUCAUGCAUCAUGUGCGUUGCCAUUAUGUAUGUCUAUGGGUACCGGAACUAUUUCAAGGACAUUGAGAUGAUGCUGGGUUUUCCACCACCCAUCUUCUUCCAGAUCUGUUGGAGGUUCAUCUCUCCAGUUAUCAUCUUUUUUAUCCUCAUAUUCACAGUGAUUCAGUAUGAACCAAUCUCAUACAACACAUAUGUGUACCCGACCUGGGCCAUUGCCAUUGGUUUCUGUAUGGCACUUUCAUCGGUCAUCUGCAUCCCCAUCUAUGCAGUGUACUACCUUUUGCGAUCAGAAGGAGACUCACUACUGCAGCGUUUGAAAAAUGCCACUCGGCCAAGCCGGGAGUGGGGCCCAGCUCUUGUUGAGCACCAGACAGGCCGCUACGCAACAGCAUUCAGCUCAACAGAAUCCCAACUGGAGGUGCAGCUGCUGAACCCCGAGAAACCCAGGAGUGAUGAGGCUGGCAUGAUGGUUGCCAUCACCAUUGGAAGCAAUGGCUCAACCCACAGCCAAGAUUCCAUGAUGUGAACCUUAGCCUGGGAGGCAGGGCAGGGAGCGCUCCUUGCACCAAUCCAUUCCCACCUGUCCUGGUCCUCUAAACCCUACUCUGCUCAGAUAUACUAAAGUACCCCCACUGGGUGGGGGAGCCCUGGCUCCCAGGCUGUGCUGGACUCUGGGGGAGGGGCUGUCAGUUCCAUCCCACCCACCUCAUUAGUGUCCCUGUGCCAUCUUGUAACCCUUAUGUUUACAAGUAAUGCUCAGAUGGCCCCAGUUCACAGCCAGGAUCAGAGACAGAGACAGUGUGCACUGGCUGACUAGGUGGGAGUUCCUUGAGAGGUACCAGGAAGAAAGUUGGUUAAUGUCUUAGAAACUUAGUAAUCCCUUCAGGAUGGUUUCUGGCAACUACUCCUGGGCCCAGUGGGUCUAGACACUAUUGAGGAUGAUAUGGCCCUCAAUGCCCUGGAUCAGGGCCAUUUGCCUGGCCCCACAAGGAAAAAUGGGAAUGCUGGGGGUUGGUAGUGGUUUCAAAUGUGAGCUGACAUUCUAGGCAAAGUUCAGUCUAAAGCUAGACAACCUUCAGCUAGGAUACUGCCUUUGUGAGUACUCUUGCACACAUGCAUGGAAGAUUGCACACUACCCACCAAUAUCUAUACCUUCCCAGCUUCCCCACUUGUCAUGUAUUUAGGAAAAGUGGGGUAGCUUCUCCAGGACUGUAAAUAUAAAGUUCCAAUGAUGGUUCCCAAGAGCUUAAGAAAAUUCCAGAAGUCUCUCGAAAUUGGUAGGGAGGAUCUAGCCUUAUUUGCCUAACUGUCCAGAAUUCCUCUUUCUCUUGCACACACACAUAUAUCCUUGUGCAUAGCUAAUACAGACACUAUGUGACUAAGAUUCAAAUCUAAGAAAGUCCAAAACUUGUGGGCAACUUGCAUAAGCUGCUUCCACACUGUAUACAGGUUGUGGAGUGAAUAUUGAACUGAAUUAUGCAGGAGCUUGUACUUGAGUUCUGGGGAAUUGACCUUCUGAAAUCAUUGUGUAUUCUCUUCCCCUACAGAGGAGCAAAUGAAUUUGAAUAGGGUCCCUCUACUUGCAAGGGACCCUUGGGACCUAGCCCUGCCCCAGUCUCUAGGGAAAGGAGCAGAGCCAACCAUGGUGCUAAGAGUCGAUGAUGUGCCAAGACCAGCCCUUGCAACUUGGGGGAAGCACAAAAGUCAGAAAGAACAACCUUCCCUAAAAGCUAUUUCUGGUUAGCCCUGGACCCUGGGUUGCCACUUCUCAUAGUAGUGGAUAGGGAAGUCUCUAUCCCCAUGCUGCAGACAUGAAGUUUGCCAGAAGCACGUAUCACAUGGCAGCAAGACCUCUUCAAAACAGAAACCAGGGCUCACACUGGCUCAUACGGGGAGGGGUAACUAAUAGUUGUGUCUUCCCACCUCAUUGCCCCUUAUUUCCGUUUCAGCAUUGCUGCCCGCACUUUAUCCUUAGCAAGGCCUAGGUGGAGGAGACAAGUGGUCCUAACGCCACUACCUUGCCCUUUGUCCUGUGGCAGCAAUAAUGCCAAGACACCAAUACCAAACUGUUUUUGUGGGGGGCACCCCUCAGCUCCCAGGCAUGCACAAUUGCUGCAGUGUAGCUACAAUGCGAACAGCAAGGGCACAUCUGGUUCCUACCCACAGGGUAACUGCCCCAGCCAGUGGCAUGGGCACAAUGGCCAGUGUUUAAGUGCCAAAUGUCUGCAUCUUGUGCAGAUGAUGGGGGGACAGGUGGUUUUGUGCCAUGAUGGCAUUUUUACCUUAAGCCAUCAGCAUCCAAUCCUUCCCCUCCUCUGUACUGAAAAUGCACUAUUUAAUGCAUCAUGUCUGUCCCUCUCUCCUGUAGAGUGUGGCAACUGCCACUGCCACCUCUCAUUGUUCAUAGCAAUAAUUGUGAUGAGUCUCCCAUACUGUGACUCUCCCAGUUGUAGAUUGUUAAAGUCUCAUAGAUUUUAAUGAAAUUUAUAUUCCUGAACUCAGGAUGUACAGUUCUUUUUGUGGGGAUUGGAAGGGUGAUUUGAGGAGCCAUACCUUCUCUGUAAUGCUAAAUUGACUUAUUGUAUGGGGGGGAGGGGGAGGAGGAGGAAUCCCUGAGGCACUACUGCACUCCAAGGAGACUUAUCUGUAUAGGAGAAGGGAUACUUAGCAUGGUCUUGUUACUUCCUUUGGAAUCCAUGAAUUUGAACAUCAGAAUGAGCAAAGACAACCGUAGCCAACUUUAAGCCCAUUUCAGGCACAGAGAACAGCAGCAUAAGGUUUCAAUGGGCACUGUUGCCUCAGAGCAGACAGUGAGGUGUCAAGAGGGAGAGGAAGUUCUUUUUUUUCCCUAGCUUGGUCCUUUACAGUGCAACAAUCUCGCACGGGGACAAAAGCGAGUCAGUGGGCAAGGGCCUGUAGGAGGCAUGGGAAGAAAAGCAGGUUCCAGCACUGGUGCUACUGCCCUAUAAACUGAGGCAAUUGGAUGUCCCAGCGUUCUAGGCAGCUUAGUGUCACUGUCCUUCCUUCCCUGGUUGGACUCCUCGCUAUUUUGAUGCAUCCGUCCCAAAGGGGGUUUUGUGGAAUGGCUCUGCCAGGAUGAUGGCUGGUAGCAGAAUAGAGAAGUCUGAUCUCCGGGAUCUGGUGAAGGAGUCCCCUUAGAAGCAGGACUGAUCUGUCCAAAGCUUGGCCCUUUUACUGAGCUGCUUGAAUGGCUGUGAAACAAAGAGAAGGAGUUGUGCGAUACAAAAGGUUUUAUUUCAACAUCUUUCCAUCAAAAGUAACAAAAAUGCAGAAAUCUUAGUCAUUGCAGAAGAACUUAUGGAUCUCCAAACUCCAAUGAAAUGGACUGAAUAACCUCCAAAAAUGUUACUCCAGAAUUCUGGAGAUAGAGUGAUAAUAAAUCAAGCCUCAAUUAA